UGAAGAAUAAAUUGAUGUCUUACUAAAAUUCAAUUAAAUGAUGAAUUUGAAAUAACAUGUAAAUUCCAAACCCCUUCGAUUAUAAGAAUAAAAAUAAUAAUAGUAAUAAAAAAUUCAUGUUUCUAUAAUUCUACCACUAAAUUUAGUUUACUAGUGUGCUCAGUCAAAUUAUUUUUUUGUUUUAAGGAAAAGGUAAAAACAGAGACGAAGAAAAAAAACAAAAUUAAAUUAAAAGCAGCGCGCCACCGCCGGAAAGCCGACGCGAUGUCCCACAACGAGCCAUCCACAUUGCCUCCGAGCUCGCAAUCCGACAUCGACGAGAUCGAAACCCUCAUCCACUCGUACCCGACCGCCGUCCUCCCCGCCCGCCCCCCGUCGCCGCCGCGCGCCUCCAUCCCGGUGUCCUCCGCCCCUCCGCCGCCCCCCGCAUUCAUGCCCUCCAAUCUCAGCCAAGCCUCGGCCGCGCCCCCUCCCCACGCCCCCAACCCGCCCGCCCCGCCUCCGCGCGGCUACACCAGUAACGCCGCCGCAGACACUCUCACAGAGCCCGUGGUGGACACGAUCAAGCGAGAUCUGUGGCGGAUCGUCAACAAUUUGAAGCUGGUCGUCUUCCCCAACCCUAAUCGAGAGGAUCCGGGUAAGGCGUUGAGGGAUUGGGAUCUGUGGGGCCCCUUCUUCUUCAUCAUCUUCCUCGGCCUCAUGCUCUCCUGGUCCUCGCCCGUGCAGAAGUCUCAAGUGUUUGCGGUGGCGUUCGCGGUGCUUGCUGCGGGAGCCGUGAUUCUCACCUUGAACGUGUUGCUUCUGGGCGGGCACAUCAUCUUCUUCCAGAGCCUGAGCCUUCUAGGUUACUGCAUAGCGCCGCUUGACGUGGGGGCGUUGAUGUGCAUGAUGAGGCCUCCGGUGAUGGUGAAGAUGGCGGCGGUGGGCGUGACGCUGGCGUGGAGCGCGUGGGCUGCCUAUCCAUUCAUCAGCACAGCUGUGAAUCCACAGAGGAAAGCUCUCGCCCUUUACCCCGUCUUGCUCAUGUAUGUCUCUCUCGGCUUCCUCAUCAUCGCCGUCGACUGACUAUACCUUCUUCUUCUUCUUCUUCUUCUUCUUUCGCUUAAAAAAUACAGACAUAAAAGAAAAGGGAUAGUUGUCCAACACAAAACAAAAUCUACACAAUUUUAUGAUUUUCAACCAUUUCAAUUAAAAUAUCAUUUCCAAUCCUUUUUAACAAUUUUAACGUCACCUAUUUUUUGAACAAGAAGAUCUUGUAUUUGUUGUGUAUAAUAAUUAAAGAAAAGAGUGUCAUUCAAUUUUCGUAAGGAAACA